AUGUGCGCAACUGUUGCAGCAAUAGAGUCACUGCGUACGUCGGUAACACCAGUGGUGACACCAGUGGUAACACCAGUGGUGACACCAGUGGUGACAUCAGUGGUGACACCAGUGGUGACAUCAGUGGUGACAUCAGUGGUGACAUCAGUGGUGACAUCAGUGGUGACAUCAAUGACACCAGUGGUGGGAGUAAUUGCUGCUGCUGUUGUUGUUGCUGCUGCUGAUGAUGAUGCUGCUGCAGCUGUUGCUGUUGCUCCCCCUGCUGCUGCUGCUGCUGCUGCUGCUGCUGCUGCUGCUGCUGCUGCUGCUGCUGCUGCUGCUGCUGCUGCUGCUGCUGCUGCUGCUGCUGCUGCUGCUGCUGCUGUUGAUGUUGCUGUUGCUGCUGUUGUUGCUGCUGUUGCUGCUCCUGCUGCUGGUGGCGCUGCUGCUGCUGCUGCUGCCACUGUUGGUGGUGCUCCUGCUGCUGGUGCUGCUGCUGCUGCUGCUGCUGCUGCUGCUGCUGCUGCUGCUGCUGCUGCUGCUGCUGCUGCUGCUGCUGCUGCUGCUGCUGCUGCUGCCUCUGUUGCCGUUGCCACUGCUCCUGUUGCUGCAGCUGCUGGUGCUGCUUCUGUUGCUGCUGGUGCUGCUGUUGCUGUUGCCACUGCUCGUAUUGCUGCUGCUGCUGCUGCUGGCAGUGAUACUGGAGCUGCUGCUGCUGCUGCUGCUGCUGCUGCUGCUGCUGCUGUUGUGGUUGCCACUGCUCCUGUUGCUGUUGCUGUUGCUGCAAUUGCUGCUGCUGCUGCUGCUGCUGCUGCUGCAAUUGCUGCUGCUGCUGCUGCUGCUGCUGCUGCUGCUGCUGCUGCUGCUGCUGCUGCUGGGACGGCAACAGGUGCAUGGAAGGAAAGUGGCUGGAAGCUUACUGAUGCUGACGUUGCUGCUGCAGGUAUGGCAAGGGGUGGAUGGAAGGAAAGUGGUUGGAAGCUUUCGGGUCGAAGAAAGGGCGAAGGUGCAACGGUGCUGGUGCGAGAGGGUACUAGGAGGGAUCUAGAAGGAGGGCAGGUUGUAGCAGGAGGGCAGGUUGUAGCAGGAGGGUAA